AUGCCUCACGUCAACAUCUUGUUCAACCAGUUGCAGAAGAGAAAAACCGAGCCAGCGCAAGUUAAAACGGCUAUCGAUAAUUUUGAAAAAUGUAUUGACGAUGUGAGAAAUAAAAUUGAUGACAUAAUAAAUGAAGCCAAAGUAUUUGUACUGAACCCCAAGGCAACAAAAGGAGACGACGUAAUAAUAGCAGUCACGAUCACCGAGUUGCCCCAUUAG